AUGCCCCGCAUUGCCUCUUUCCCCAUCCUCCCCUUCACGUCCGCGCCUCCUCGUUGCUGUCACCACUCUCGCACACUAUGCCUCGCUGCCAAUGGCUACCUGCCACGUCGCGCAGCCGAAGCCACUGCUGAGCUCGCGGAGCGGUUUGAUGGCGGCGCGAUGCGCUGCGGGGAAGCGCGGAGGCGGAUGGGCCAGCUGAGGCGGACGGUGCGCGCAGCUGCGGCUGGAAGGGGCGCCGAAGUGGCGAGGGCGCGGGGAUGGGCGGAGAGGCGGCAGCGCAGGUGCGGUUGGGCGAUGACGUCAGCUGCACGCGGCUCCUGGCUAGUCAAUGGGCGAGGGGCUCAGUGGACGGUGGGGAGGACGGGGGGAAGGACGGUUGGGGGGACGGGGGAGAGGAUUGGCGGGGGAAGGAUCCGGGCGAGCGCAGAGUGGGGCGAGAGGGACGGUGAGGAGGAAAACGAGGGGGAUGAGGAUAUGGAGAGGGGAGGUGGAGAAAGUGAAAGUGGGAGUGAAAUGGAGGGCACAGAGGCAGUGGCGGAAGAAGGUGGAGAGGGCAAGGUCGGCAGCAGUGGCGGCGGCGAUUGGGCAUGGAAGGGGCGGCGGCGGUACAUGAUGGUGCUGGCGUACGACGGCACGCACUUCUAUGGCUGGCAGCGCCAGGCGCAGCGGCCCACAGUGCAGGGGGCGGUGGAGGCGGCGCUGGCCACGUACACGCGGGAGGGCAGCGCCGAGCUGGGGGUCACCGGUGCCUCGCGCACCGAUGCUGGCGUGCAUGCCUGGGGGCAGGUAGCCCAUUUCACCACCCCCUCCCCCAUAUGCGACCUGCCCCGCAUGCACCGCGCUCUCAACGCGCUGCUGCCACCCGCCAUCCGCGUGCGCUCGCUGCGCGCCGUGCCACUAUCCUUCCACGCGCGCCUGCACGCGUGCAGCAAGCGCUAUCACUACACCGUGCUCAACAGCCCCACCCCGCUCCUGCUGCCGCACCGCCGCGCCACGCUGCUCUCCUACUCACGCGGCCCGCUGGACCGCCCCCUCAUGGCGCAGGCGGCUCGGCUGUUUGAGGGGCGGCGCGACUUUGCGGCGUUCGCCAACGCGUGCGAGGCGAAGGAGAAGGGCGCGGUGAGGGAGAUCACACGGUUCGAGCUGGUGGGGGAGGCGGACUGCUGGCAGGGCACGGUGGACGAGGGAGAGCCGUCACCUGUGUUCCGCUUUGAGGUGGAGGGAUCGGGGUUUCUCUAUCGGCAGGUCCGCAACAUGGUGGGCCUACUGCUGCAAAUAGGAGCUGGCACGCUGCCCCCCUCUAUAGUCACGGACCUCCUGCUCUCGGGGGACCGCUGCCAGCUGGCACGCGUGGCGCCCACCGCCAAGCCCCAGGGGCUCUCCCUCAUGCGCGUGGACUACCCCCCCACUGCCCUCAUUCCGCCGCCCGACUCCCCGCCACCCAGCCUCAGUUAUUUCGAGCAAUAG